UUAUUAUUUACAUGAUUUGAAUUAUAUAAAAUUAAAAGUUAAAACUAACAUCAUAUUUAUAUUUUUUUUAAAUAAUCAAAACUCUUUGGAAAUGUCAGUGUGUGAAGAAAAUCCAGAUUUAACGAACCUAGAUCUGAGUACUGUUUGUCGAGCAUGUAUGUCUUCUACAGGAGUUAUAAAAGAUAUGUUUGUUUGGGGCCUGGCUAUGGAUUAUUACAAAUUAACAAAUGUUUCUUUGCAACCAUCAGAUACGAUUUCUAAAUCUAUAUGUGUUGGAUGUGAAGAUAUGCUGAAAAAGUGUAUACAAUUUAAGAGGCAAUGUGAAAAAUCGGAUUUUUUAUUAAAUGACACAGCAAAGGUUGGAUACAUUGAACUCAUAAUGUUUAAAAAGUUAACCUCAUUGCCAGAAGAAGUGAUUCUGUUUCCUAAGGAAACAGUUGAUAAUGAAAUAAAAUUUAGAUUUGAUGAAAACAAAAUAACCUAUAUGAUAACAGCGCCAAAUAUGGAAGAGAAGCUUAUGUACCCUUGUCCCUACUCUUGUAAUGAGACUUUUCUAAAACAAUCCCUGUUAUCUAUGCAUUUUGUUAAGUCACAUAAUAAAAAUCAUGAUUUUGCAGUUGAAAUACAAUUCUAUUGCUCACAUGCAGAUUGUGUAUACCAUAUAGAAAACAACAAGUAUUUUUCUAAAAGGAAACAAUUGAAUCAACAUUGCAGUAAAGUCCACAAAGACAAAAUUGUCUGUGGACAUUGUAAUCUCAAGUUUUCAAAGGAUAUAGACUAUAAACAUCAUUUGAAGUCAUGUAACUUCCUCCACUGGUGUCAGGUUUGUGAUAAGAAAUAUGUGACAGAUGAAAGGCUAAUGGUCCAUCUGAUGCGAAAUCAUCCAGAAUUUCACAAAAGAUACAAGAGAGAAAAGGCGGAAAAGCGAAAGUCAGAAGCACAGAGUUUGCAAAAGAAAGCGAAGAAAGCUGAGGAAGAAGACUUGAUCCUGAAACGCUCCUCUGCUACACAGACCCUUGAGAAAAUUAAAAACAAUGUCUUGUUAUCGUGGCAAUCUGAUAGUGAGACAAAAACUGAUGAAAUCUCAACACAGACAGUUUUUGAUGAGUCACUUAAGUCUCAAACUAGUGAAGACGAAUCUUUAUAUGGUUCGCUAACGUUAUCAGAAUUUGGCUUAACUAAAGUAAAAGAUAGAAAUGAAUCCCCUGACCUAAGUACUAAGAAAACUCAAACAUGUGACUGUCUAUUUGAUUCUUUAAGCAGAGUUCACGAAAAACCCUCAAAUGAAUGUAUAUCAACCGAAACACAGACAUUGGAUUUAGAUGACUUUUCGAACUUGAAUUCAGCUGAAACACAAACAUCAUUUGAAGAAGAUAAUAUAUGUAAUUUUUUUAUUCCUGAGUAUAACCCUGAAUAUAAAAAGCCUCCAUAAACCUCCCAUAUGCUCUCCAAUGGAGAUCUCAGUUGGGCUUUUUAUGGAGCUAUAUUUGUUUUAUUCAUAUUUUUUAAGGAAGGCAAUAAAUAUUGCAGCCUGGUAACACAGAAGGAUGAUACAUUGUCUAUUCACAACAUAACGGUGUGCUACGUACUUAUGUAUGACUGUAAUGAAACGGGCAAUACAAUAAAAGGAUUAAUAAAUUAUUACUAUCAAUAGUUUCAAUAUAGACAAUAUCAAGAACUUCAUGAUCAUAUCUACAAUACGCGAUAAGAGAUUAAUUUUUUUGUAAUAAAUCUACACAUACAAUUUUUUAUGUUUAUAAACGAACUAGCGUCUUCAAACAAAUGUGUAAAAAGUCAGAUCUUCUAAUAAAAGUUAUUUUGUAAAAAAUAUUAAUUAAAGAGGAUAGCGAGACGAGAUAGUAAUCCAUGUGCGGAUUCACUUUUGAAACAUAUCCACAGAACUAAUCCGACAUUAGUACAAACUUAGAUAAUUAAAAGGUUUUUUUUUCGUUGAGUCUUCUAUAUGACACUGAUACACAUUAAAUACCUAGAUUUCCCGUAUUCUACAAAAAAAAUUAGGUAUAAUAUUCCUUCUGUUUAGAUUUUUAUUGAAGUGAAACUUCUU